AUGAAGCUACGGACCUUGAUUGAUUCCGGUGCCAAUCGAUCUUUGAUCAGCACCGAAAUAGGACCCCAUUUGCGGAAUUACGCGGUUGACGUCGGCGAAGACGUUAUGUUAGGAAGCGGGGAAUCAAGGCCCCUUGAAGGAUGUGUCGCAAUGCGACUGAUCUCCGAGUCCCAUUUUAGUAUUAUCCUUUUUCGGCUUACUAAUGCCUUAGCUUUUGAUUGCGUUCUCGGGAUGGACGCCCUUCAACAAUUAGGGCUUAACCUCGAGUGUCGAAAAAAUUAUCGGGAUGACCCUGCCCACCCCUUUAUUACCCUAACCGCUCAACCCCUCACUAUUUGGUACCCUUCAGACGGACCUUCUCCUAAACCUAUCAAUCUCGACAGACCCCCUCCCUGCACUCUCACUUCCCUAGCCAUUAUCCCAGAAGAUCAAUCAGCUUCUCUGAGAGAGAAAUUUAAAAGCUGGAUCAAACCUGCCCCAGAAGUCGCUAACGUUUGUCCCCUAUUGACGAUGCGCAUUGACACCCAAGGACAUCCCCCUAUACGCAGCCCCACAAGACGAUACGCCCCCCAAAUUCUUAAAGUUGCCCAAGAAAAAACUAAAAAAUUAUUAGAACAAGGAAUAGUAGCACCGUCCCAAAGCGAUUGGUGUAGUUGGCCCGUAUUAGUCAGAAAACCCGAUGACAGCUAUCGAUUAUGCAUCGAUUACCGCCCCCUUAACGCUGUUACGAAACACCUAGCCGUCCCCAUGCAGAGUCUUGAAGAUUUACUUGACUGUGCUCAUGGAACGGUCUAUGCGUCCAAAAUCGAUGUUAGCCAAGCCUUUCAUCAUAUCCCCCUGGACGACGAAAGUAAGGAGAAAACUGCCUUCGCGAUCCCUGGACUACCCCCUUUGGGCUGA